CAUGGCCUCUCUGAUGAUCCUCUCUCAAACUACUCUCUUGCAUUCUUUUCUUCUACCAAAACUUCUUCUCUUACUCUUAAUCCUCUCUUUACAGACCAAUCUCUCUCUUUCAAACCCUACAGAAAAUCUCUAUCUUUAUCUACAAAAACAUUUUCAGUCUCAGCUUCUUCACAGUCUCUUCAAGCUCUCAUUUUUGACUGCGAUGGAGUCAUUCUUGAAUCCGAACACUUACAUCGCCAAGCUUACAACGAUGCCUUUUCUCACUUCAACGUCCGUUGCGACUCUUCUUCUCAGCAACCCCUCAACUGGGGCUCUGAGUUUUAUGAUGUGCUACAGAAUCAAAUUGGUGGUGGCAAACCAAAAAUGAGAUGGUACUUUAAGGAGAAUGGAUGGCCAUCUUCAACCAUAUGCGAGAAGCCCCCAGAAAACGAUGACGACCGAAGCAAAUUGAUUGAUACACUUCAGGACUGGAAAACUGAAAGAUACAAACAAAUUAUCAAAUCUGGAACUGUGGAGCCUAGACCUGGAGUUCUUAGAUUGAUGGAUGAAGCAAGGGCCAAUGGAAAAAAACUGGCUGUUUGUUCUGCAGCAACUAAAAGUUCAGUUAUUCUUUGUCUUGAAAACCUUAUAGGAAUGGAGCGGUUUCAAGGUCUUGAUUGCUUCCUCGCGGGUGAUGAUGUAAAACAAAAGAAGCCUGAUCCGUCUAUUUAUGUGACAGCAGCUAAGAGAUUAGGCGUGUCAGAGAAAGACUGUUUGGUGGUUGAGGACAGUGUCAUAGGGUUGCAAGCAGCAACAAGUGCUGGAAUGUCAUGUGUGAUUACCUACACAUCGUCAACGGCAGACCAGGAUUUCAAAGAUGCUAUAGCAAUCUACCCUGAUUUGAGUAAUGUAAGAUUGAAGGACUUAGAGUUAUUGCUUCAAAAUGUUGUUCCUGCCAGUUAGGGAAUUCCGCAUUUCCUUAGAACCAGCGAUAAGAGCUUGUGUGCCUUUAAAGAAAUUUUGGCUGCCUGCAGGUAUUUGGUUAAUGGCAUUGAUUCUUGUACAACUCAUUUAAAUGCAUCGCCUAAAAAUUCAAAGAAUAAAAUGUAACAUUAAUUACUAAGAUGUGCUAAUAUAUAUAUAGAAUAUUUUUGUAUAA